AUGCUAAGAACAAUUACAUAUAAUGCCUCCUUGAGAGGAUCAUCCCGUCUGUUCUUAAGAACUCUUUCUUCUACUGCUCCAAAAAUCUAUGAUUUCAAUCAGAUUAAACAACUGGUACAGAAACCAGUGGAAUCAAAGAUAUUGGUCGAUGUGAGAGAACCAAAGGAAUUGGAAGCCUACAAGAUGCCCACGGCAAUUAAUAUUCCACUAAAGACUGCACCUGGUGCCCUUGGCCUACCAGCCGAAGAGUUUAAAGAUGUCUUCCAUUUCAAUAAACCCGCUACAGAUAAGGAAUUGAUCUUCUUCUGUGCGCAUGGAAUAAGAGCAAAGACUGCAGAGGAAUUAGCAAGAUCCUAUGGUUAUGAAAAUACUGGUACAUAUCCUGGUUCUAUUUCCGAAUGGUUAGAGAAAGGUGGUGCUGAAAUAGUUCCAAGCAAGAAAUAA